AUGGCAACCACUCCAACUAACAAAAUACGACAUAAACCAGGAGAUAGAGAUUCACGAGUUUCAUAUUUCAAUUAUAAUCUUUAUCUAGGUGGAACCACUGCCGGAUAUUUGCUAGAUAUCAAUAAUUGCAACAUUUUCGUCGAAACGCCUGUUUACUUUUGUUAUACUAAUUAUAAAGGUCCAGCCGCACUAUUUCCGAACAUCUAUUCAGAUGGAUUAAUGCAAACAUCUGGCGUUACAUUUAAAGAAUUUGAAGGUAGAACAAUUACUAGGCUGGAAGGAACUCCUAAUUACACAAAAUGCUUUGAAGUUUCGGACGUUAUAGAAAUAGAUGAUGUACAUGCUUACAAAUCGGUAAAGCUUUACGAUAAAUACGCUGAAGGUAAACUUUUACUCGAAUUUACACUCCAAGAUUCAAAAAUUGUUCAAAUCGAGAGAGACAUUAAUGAUGGAAACUAUAUUACAUUCAGAUUUGGUGAAAAACCACAAACUCCAACCACGUUAACGUUCUUGUCCCAUGUUUCCAAUGUUCAAACUACAAAUGGCAAAAAAAUUGGUGUAAUCUAUAUGGAAGGCAACAACAAGACCUUAAAUCCUUAUGUAAAGCUCGAUAUCCAGUCAGAUUUUAUCAAAAACAAUGUUAAUCAGUUCAUCGUGAAAGGAUACAAAGAUACUUUCACAGGAAUUCGAGAAACAAUGACAUUCGAUCUUAAAUCGAACGAAGGACUCAAACUUCCUUUCGUUUACGAGCCAUAUACAAAGAUGUCAAAUUUCAUAUUGAAUUCCGACUUUUCCUUUAAGCAAUUAACAUUAGAUCAAUUUGCAGAUGACAAAGUAACAGUCACUAAGACCACUUCUGGUACUGCAACUAUGACUUUUGAUACCAUAGAUUAUUUACGGGACAAAGUUACAUUUUAUACAAGUUCUGGUGUUGUUGUUUCAAUUAUUUUAUCCAACAACUUCAACAUAGUCAAUAAUAUCCUUCCAAUUCAAUGGAAUAUGUACUAUGAUCAAACAAAUUCAAAAUAUUCCAUCGGAAAACUGAAAUUACAGAGAUUUUCAACAGAUAUUACAGGUAGUAACACAUUGACAAUCUACUUAGAUCACCAACCAGGAGUUAAGUACUCAGUUGAAGAAAUUAAAAGUAAAUUUGGUGAAAAUUCUCAAUACGAUGUUUUAGAACUUGUUGACACUUCUAAACAGAUAACAGUGUCAUUCCCUAAAAAUACAGGAAUCCCUGGUUUCCAUAGUGGCCAAUCAAUUAUGACACAAAAUUCAAAAAUUGUUGAUUUAGUAAAAGUGACAACAAUUUCAAUAUCUGCGGCCAAAUUCAAGACCUUUUAUUAUCACAUCUGUAUUGCAUGGUUCGGCACAAACAACAAGUGUGAUCCAGCAGCCAUGGUCUAUCAAAUCAGCGACAAAUUGGACGACAGCUCAAAAGCAAGAGAUCCAACAUUAUUGAACACAAUAAUUAAUUCAAUUGAUUUCCAAGCCGAUUUGAAAGGAAUCAAAAUUGAGUAUUACGUAAUAGACACUGCAUAUACUACUUUUGGAUGGAAUAUUCCUAUUUUCGAUUGCACGAAUACGAAACUACAAGAUGCAUAUUCCAAAGAAUUAUAUAUUAAAUCAUCAGAUAAAAAUCAUGUCAAAUUUGGAAUUAAUGAAUUGAAUAAGUUUACUAAUAAUACAUAUUUGACUAAUCUUAAUUUCUAUGAUAAGACACAAUACUCAGGAUUCCAAAAUAUACAAGGACAAGUUACUUACGAACAUUCUGUCUUUGAUUUCGCAAAUCCUCCAAUUUUCCCUGCAACGACAGUUUUUGAAUUCGAUGUACUUGAUUUCAUUCUUUUGUAUGCAAUUGAUAAAUCAUUGAACUUCACUGCUAUCAAGAGAUUCAACAUCGGACAGGCUGAAAUCAAACUUGACCAAGUAGAACCAUUAGAAUUUGCUGGUUUGACAUAUGGAACACAAACAAUUUUGGCAAUUAGAUCUGAUCCAAUUGAAUCAUAUGAACCUAUGAGAAUGGAUAUAACGGCUUCAAAGAUAACAAUGACUGUUGAUUAUUCAAAUUCAUUAAGGUUCGAAAACUUGAAUAAUUACAGAUUAUCUAUUGCUUACAGAGGCCCAGAAAACUUGGAAAAUCCUGUCAAGUUUGAAGUGACAAAUUUCAACGGUUAUGCUGAAUUAAUCUGUGGAGAUCAUGGUUGGCCUGAUUCAUUCAGAAAUACAGAAAUUAUAAAACUAAAUCCAUAUGCAACUACAGUUCCAAUUAAGCUAUUAAGGAAUACAACAGGUCCUUUGAUUACAACAGGAAAGUAUCAAAUUACUAAUGAAUUGGCAUCAACAAUCAAAUCAAGUCAAUUGAAUUUGAAACUGUCAAAUAAUAUUUCUUUCCUUCCUGAUGUUGUUUUCCCUGAUUUAUCAUUCGACGCUUUGUAUUUGGAUGACCACACAACAAGAUUAGGUGGUUGCAAAGCUAUUUUCGAAAAUUUGGAGAUAAGAUUUAAUACAAUUGCCGAAUUCGAUGCUUUGCAAGUUAAUGGAAAUUUAACUGUUCUUCCUGGCGCGCAGAUCAAACAAAUUGAACAUUCAUCUGCAAAGAGAAAUGGUAAAGCAAUUGUUAGUAAUAUCUGUGAUAUUUUCGGUAAAUAUACAACAAUCAAAUGGAAUUCUGAUAGUUGGCCAUUGAUUAUAUUAUCAAAAGAUUGUCCUCAACAAACAGGAACAACAGAAUUCAAAUUCUCUUACGAUGAUACAAUUUUGGUCAAAACAUUUAAUACAUCGAAUUUCUACAAUAACUAUAUGGGCGCGAACCAAAGAGCUUUCAUAGAGAACUUCAAACCAUCAGAAGGAACAUUAAAGAACUUGCGGAAACCAGAUAUUUGGAUUCCACCAGCAAAUCCAUCUAAAAACUGGAAGACUUACCAGCCACAAAUGACUGUUGAUUAUAUUGGAGUAACAGGUACAUUUUCUUUGAAAGUUACUGAUGAAUACAAUAAAGAACACAAGGAACAGAUGAGAGAUAUCAAACCAGAUCCUGAUUUCACUCCUUUGGCCGAAGAAGAAUUCGGUGUAAUUAUGGGUAACAAAGGAAAAGGAAAUGGUUUAGUAAUAAUCAUCGUUGUUUCUCUAAUUGUUCUCAUCAUCGCUGGUGGUAUUUGGCUUGGAAUGUUCUUCAAAUACAACAAGACACUUGUUCCACUGUCAUCAAGUGGAUACAGUUACUCUAUCAGCUACUCGUGGCUCAAGAAGAAUAGGAAACACAGCGAUUAUAGCUAUUCAGUUUAA